AAUCGGGAGGCGCUGCCCUUUGGAGACAAACCAUUUUACUUGUAGUGUCUGCAUCAAGUCUGGAAGCAAGGGCUCAAUUUUAACAGAAUCCACCUUAAAAUCUCUCCCUUAACUUAUGCCUACCUUCCGCCACUUUGAGUGAGAAUAUCACAGGACAAGGGGGGAAAUAAAGACGCCUCUGGAAAUUUCGGGUGUUAAUAGGACAAUAUCUGUUCGCGGUGGAGAGAGGGGAGAGAGACAACAACACAGCGAGAGAGAGAAAAACGAUUUGGUCUUGAGAGAGAGGGGGGUGAGUGCUCUCAAGGCAGAAAAUUCGAUGAUGACCAUGACUACGAUGGCUGACGGUCUGGACGCUCAGGACUCGUCCAAGUCUGCUUUCAUGGAGUUUGGGCAGCAGUCGCACUCACAGCAGAGCUCCCCGUCGAUGGCCAGCGGCCACUACCCGCUGCACUGUCUCCACUCCGGCUCACACGCUCACCACCAGCACGACAACACCCCGUACCCCGGGACCAACACCUACAACAGGUCGUUACCCUACCCCUACGUGAGCCAUCCGCACCACAGCCCGUACCUGCCAUCCUAUCACAACAACACGGGAGGACAGACAAGGUUAGACGGCACAGAGCAGCAGAAAACGACGGUGAUUGAAAAUGGGGAAAUUCGUUUUAAUGGGAAAGGCAAAAAGAUUCGCAAACCUCGGACAAUUUAUUCCAGUUUGCAGCUUCAAGCACUGAACCACCGUUUCCAGCAAACACAGUACCUCGCUUUACCGGAGCGCGCCGAGCUGGCUGCCUCUCUAGGACUGACACAAACCCAGGUAAAGAUUUGGUUCCAGAAUAAGAGGUCAAAGUUCAAGAAGCUGCUCAAGCAAGGCAGCAACCCGCACGAGAGCGACGCUAUACCGGGCUCCAUGUCCCUAUCCCCGCGCUCCCCGACCAUCCCUCCAAUAUGGGACGUCUCGGCCUCUUCCAAAGGAGUAAACAUGCCGGCGAACAGCUACAUGCCCGGCUACUCUCACUGGUAUUCCUCCCCACAUCAAGAUUCAAUGCAGAGAUAGACUGAUGAGGCAGGAAAAGGGUCAGUGAGCUGUCUGGAGGCCUCCGGAUCUCCGCCAUGCAGUUUCCAACGUAGCCUACAAUUUGUGUCAGCGCAGAGACUGGAUGCGGGAGAGGAGGUAAAAAAAAACAUAAAACCCUUCCGAUACCUCUCUGCUGAAGGAUAACACGCAGCCAUGCCCCGGCGUGAUGACACCAACAAGGGAACUAACCAUUUUUGUCAGCGUGGCUGUUCAGUGGGCUCGCAUCUCUGUUAUGCUUUCAUUCAUGUCAACAUCUGAACGUCAAUAUACCAAAUAUUAUCAGUGACAUUUUAGCCACUUUGGGCAAAGACUGCUUACACUCUCCGUGGGCUGUGGCGCCCAGAACCUGUCGCCAUGGUUGACUCCUGACUGCUUUUUUUUUUUUUUGGUUGUUUCUUCAACAUGCAAAACCAAGCAAAUUGUCUGUCUGUAAAUAUAAUCUGCGAUUUUAGUUGUACAUACACUUUUUAUGUUUUGUCAGAUUGAGUAAACCGUGACUCAAAACAGACGCCUGCUGUUGCAUGAUUUCCAAAUAUGAAAAUUAUUUCAAACGAGGCCUUUUUAUGCUCCAUAUUGGGCCAACAUCACA